GAUGCAAAGACAGAGAGGCGAGGAGAGAACUAUUCUUCUUUAAUGUUUAUCAGCGGAGCAAAAACAUAGGGUGUCGGUAUGACCCCCAUUUGACCCUCGCCCUUUUUUUUUUUUUGCCCUUUUCUUGGGCUGAGCAAUUAGAAUCAUCAAUAAAGAAUUAACAUCAUAACAAUCGCCAUCACCACCACAACCGACACUAAAAUGAGGAAGGAAGCGGCGCCCUCCUCCGCCCCUUCCACCGCCGCCAGCAUUGGGAAGCUGUUCGUUUGCUUUGAAACAAAACCAUUAGUUGCUACAUUGCUAGCGCUCACCUUGGUUAUGCUUCUCUGGAAUCUUCCUCCUUACUACCAAAACCUCCUCUCCACCACCCGUCCCUGCCCUGCUCCUUCUCUCACCUCCGCCGCCGCCGCCGCCACCACCAGUCUACUCGCCACCAAUGCAUCACUCCCUUUUACAGCAACUCCGGUAGCUGAGAAGAAGUACUACUCGGCUCCUAAAGCUAAACCCAGAGACCCAAAUAAGCGAGUGUUCGAGGCUUACGGUAACGCGGCUGCUUUGUUUGUGCAGAUGGGUGCGUACAGGGGCGGUCCUACGACUUUCGCGGUGGUGGGCUUGGCUUCGAAGCCCAUGCACGUGUUCGGGAGGCCGUGGUACAAAUGCGAGUGGAUCUCAAACAACGGGUCAUCUUACAGGACCAAGGCCUACAAAAUGCUUCCGGAUUGGGGUUAUGGGCGUGUCUACACCGUGGUGGUGGUGAAUUGCACCUUCCCUUUCAACCCAAACCAAGACAACCUCGGUGGGAAGCUGAUGAUAAACGCUUACUACGGGGAGUCCCAAAGAAAGUACGAGAAAUUCACAGCUUUGGAGGAGGCCCCUGGAUCUUACAAUGAAUCCAAGUACCACUCACCUUUUCAGUACGAAUACUUGUACUGUGGAUCGUCUCUGUACGGGAACCUCAGCGCUGACAGGAUGAGGGAAUGGAUGGCUUAUCACGCCUGGUUCUUUGGACCAAACUCGCAUUUUGUGUUUCACGAUGCGGGUGGGGUUACGCCCGAGGUCAGGGCAGCGCUGGACCCCUGGGUGCGAGCAGGGAGGGCUACGGUGCAGGACAUCCGAGACCAGGGGGAAUUCGAUGGGUAUUAUUAUAACCAGUUUUUGGUGGUGAAUGAUUGUCUGCACCGCAAUCGACACGCAGCCAAUUGGACUUUCUUUUUCGAUGUGGACGAGUAUAUUUAUUUGCCUGAUGGGAAUACACUGGAAUCUGUGCUGAAUGAGUUCUCCGAUUAUACACAGUUUACCAUUGAGCAGAAUCCGAUGUCCAGUGUGCUAUGCUUGAAUAAUUCCUCUGAACAAUAUUCCAGGCAAUGGGGAUUCGAGAAGCUACUCUUCAGGGAAUCGAGAACCGGAAUUCGGCGGGACAGGAAAUACGCGAUUCAGGCGAAAAAUGCCUAUGCUACAGGGGUGCACAUGUCGGAGAAUGUGAUUGGGAAGACAUUACACAAGACAGAAACAAAGAUUCGUUAUUAUCACUAUCACAACACGAUUACCCUACACCAAGAGCUAUGUAGGGAAUUCCUUCCCCUCUCUGCCAGGAACAAUGUCACUUGGUUCGAUAAGCUACCCUAUGUCUACGAUGACAAUAUGAAGAAGCUAGCCAACACCAUCAAGGAAUUCGAGCGCAAAACCAUCGGAAAUUGAAACCUACAGCUGAACGAACUAAUGAUCCAUACCAUCGUCACUGUGCCAGCUACCAACCACAUGUGUGCAAAACUGCAGUUUAAUGCGUUAAUGAUUUGAGCAUUCAGGGCGCAGGUGCUUAUUUGUCAUCAUUCCUGAUUUGGGUUGCUCAAAGUUUACUCUUUUCUACCUGGGAUCCGACCCCACCCAUUGCUACCGGUGGUGAGAAACUCACGGAAAAAGCUGGAAGGAGGGCCCCGAUAUUGUUUUGAUUUGUCUGUAAAGGAGAGUGUUUUUACUUGUACCAUUCCCACCCUCUGAUAAUAAUUUAUUUUUAUUCUAUAUCUCUAGUGGAAUACUUGUAAAA